UUCGCAAGAUGGGCAGGUAGCUUCAGGGGGAAGCUGGUUCCAGCAUUGGGGUGCCAGGACAGAAAAGAGCUUGGACAGCCUGAGUGGGAGCUGCACUCCUGUAGGGGUGGGAGAAUGGAGUGCUCGGGUGUUGGGUUUGAGCCUGAAGGUGUUUUGGCCUGUUUUGGCCAACGACAUUUGAUCACCACAAUGCCAGAUAGACUGGACGUACUGACUGGCUCCUGUGUGCAAAUCCCAUGUUCAUUUGAUGUUCCCGUCCAACAUAAGGAUACAUUUAUCAGCGCAAUACUACCCUCUGGUGUGUGGAUUAAAGAAAACUCAAACUUUGGUGAGCAUCCGGACAGAGUGAUAUUUAACAGUAGCGAGACGUUCAACAGAUAUCAAGGGAAGAUAACUGGAAACAUGUCCCAGAAGAACUGCACCACAAUCUUCUUCAAUGUAACCACCAAUUACACUAAUAGAUACUACUUCAGGAUUGAGAGUCAACCAUACCGUGCAACAGAUCCUGAAAAGUUUGUUAAUAUAGUUGUCAGAGGUGAGGUGAAGGAAGGGACCCCUGUCAGUUUGAACUGCUCUGCAGUCGCUCCCUGUCCCGAACACCCCCCUGAGCUGACAUGGACUCUCCCAACACAGUUUACAUCUGAGAACCAACUGCAGGAGAAUCCAGACCAAACCAAUUCAGUUCUCUCCACGGUGACCUUCACUCCGUCAUACCUUCAUCAUGAGAUGAACAUCACUUGUACUGCAGUCUACCCAGUAGGGACAAGCAACAAGACAGCUGAACAUAACAUGAUGCUUAACGUUUCAUUCUCUCCUAAGGACACCUCGGCCUCCAUCAGUCCAGCUGAUUCAGUAUUAGUGGGCAGCUGUGUUAAUCUGACCUGCAGCAGUACAGCCAACCCUCCUGUGACAAACUUCACCUGGUUCCAUAUCAGUGAGGGUAAAACAACAAAGGUUGCAUCUGGACAGAAUUACUUCCUCAAUGUGACUGCUGGUGAUGGAGGACAGUACUACUGUGAAGGAAGAAAUAGUCACGGCUGUGGGAAGUCGAAUGAAGUGCAGCUGGCUAUAAAAGGUCAAGAAUUGGUUAUUGGGGUUGCAGCAGGAACUCUGGGGGCCAUUUUGCUUAUCAGCCUGAUCAGUCUUUUUGUAUGGAGGAGAAACUCGAGGCUCCACGAUGGACUUGAAAGGACAGACAGUCCACAGGGACAGAACUCCCCGGUUGGGACAGUGUGUACUAACCAGACCACAGCCGGAGAGGAACCAGAGGAACCUGCAGAAGACCAGCCUGAAGAGAUCCAAUACGGUGACAUAGACUUCUCCAAACUACAGACCAAAGAGACCCCAGCUGCAGCCCAGGACAGGAUCCAGGGACAGGAGAGUGAGUACGCUGAAGUCAACGUGACCGGGAGUAGGGCCCAGGAACCACCUCUUAACAACCUAGAUGGGCUUUAUGCACAAGUGAAUUAAAGAGGUGGAGGUUAAGUAUUUUGACAAUUGGGUAUUAAGUGUUUUUAUGUACAGUAUUGUCAUUGUGUAUUAGUUUCUAAUGGUACUUUUGUUACAUUUAUAAUUGUGUGCUCUUUGAUUAUCUGCAUAUUUGUAGAAUUUGCUAGGAUGAAAAGUGUUUAACUGUUACUAUAGUGGUGAUAUGAUGAUGCAGGCUACUCUUUAUUUUAGACCAUUUAUUUUGAGUGUUGAGUUCACAGAGCAUCUGUUUAAUGGGUUCCAGUAUAGAGGAACUGCUGAGUUCAACUAGCUCACGGAAGGCAGAUUAAGACCAUAUAAAGUCAAUGAUGACUGAGGAGAGAAGACACAGUUAGUUGGAGAGACAGUGGUAUGAUACAAGACAGGAAGUUGGUGCAGGAAGUCUACAUGACGGCAGAAUGGUGUUAACAUCUACUAGUCACUGUUUCUCUUAUUAUUUUGUGCAGUUCCCAGAAUAACAAUAAUAUCUAUUUUCAGUUUAUAUCUAUUUAGAAGUAAUUGUUUCAGUUUUUAUGUUGAGUGUUAAAUCGAAGAAACAAUUGAGACUGAAUUUAUUAAGGUUGUUUAUGAAUUGUCCUGCAAUAAAAACCUUUACAUUCCAUUU